GAAGACACAGAGACUAAUACUGCAGAGUGAGGCAGAGCCAGUGUCAGUAUCAGUGUGUGUGCAGAGCGGAGAACAUCAGCCUGGAAGAUGAGUUCAGCACAGGAUCCGGUGGUGAUUGUGUCAGCCGUCCGCACUCCCAUAGGUAUAUUCAAUGGAGCCCUGUCAACUUUACCUGUUCACACCCUGGGCACAGUUGUGAUCAAGGAGGCUCUGAAGAGAUCCAGCGUUAAUACUGAUGAGAUCUCGGAAGUAAUAUUUGGUCAUGUUUUAACUGGAGGUACGGGGCAGAACCCUACACGACAAGCCAGUGUGGGUGCGGGAAUGCCCUACUCGAUUCCAGCCUGGAGUUGCCAGAUGAUCUGUGGGUCAGGGUUAAAGGCAGUUAGCCUUGGCGCCCAGUCUAUAUUAACUGGGGAAUCUGACAUAGUGGUGGCUGGUGGUAUGGAGAACAUGAGCCAGGCUCCUCAUUUAGUCUACAUGCGAGCAGGCGUAAAAGCCGGAGAUGUCUCCUUGCAGGACAGUAUUCUUUGUGAUGGUCUUAAUGAUGCAUUUUACAAGUAUCACAUGGGAGUAACUGCUGAAAAUGUGGCCAAGCAGUGGAAUAUCUCCAGAGAGGAGCAGGACCGGCUUGCAGUCCAGUCACAGAACAGGACUGAAACUGCCCAAAAAUCUGGGUAUUUUGACAAAGAGAUUGUGCCUGUAGAGGUUCCCUCAAGGAAAGGCCCUGUGACUGUAACAACAGACGAGUUUCCUCGACAUGGCAGCAGUUUAGAAGGAAUGGCAAAACUGAAACCCUAUUUUGUGAAGGACGGGACUGGUACUGUAACGCCAGCUAAUGCCUCAGGUAUUAAUGAUGGAGCUGCUGCAGUUGUUCUGAUGAAGAAAUCCGAAGCACAGCGCAGGCACCUCACACCCCUGGCACAGAUAGUCUGCACUGCUCAGGCUGGCUUGGAUCCAUCUGUUAUGGGAGUUGGUCCAAUUCCUGCUAUUAGAAAAGCUGUUGAAAAGGCAGGAUGGAGCCUCGAUGAGGUGGAUGUAUUCGAAAUAAAUGAAGCUUUUGCAGCUCAAGCCUUAGCAGUUGUUAAAGAGCUAGGACUGAGCCCUGAAAAGGUUAACAUCCAAGGAGGAGCUAUAGCGCUCGGCCACCCUCUUGGAAUGUCUGGCUGUCGUAUUCUGGUCACUCUUCUUUAUGCUCUAGAAAGAACUGGUGGGAAGAAAGGAGUUGCUUCCUUGUGUAUUGGUGGUGGUAUGGGAAUAGCAAUGUGUGUGGAAAGGACAAGUUAAUUCAUUUCAAUAUUCUGGGUCACAGAGUGCUCAUUAUUAUAGACACUUCAGAAAGCACUUGUUCCUAUGGAACAUAAGUGACAAAAGAAAAAAA